UCUAGUCGAGACACAAGCGGCCAGCGGGGCUGAGAGGAAGGUUUCACCGUUCAGACUUAUUGAUUUUUGGGAAAUUUAUUUCUUUAUCAAAUCAAGAUGAAGGAGUUUAUUUUGUUGCUCCUCUUCUGUCAUGUUGCAUCUCCGGUGCUUCACUCCAUGAAGUAUUUCUACACGGCUUCGUCUCAAGUCCCAAACUUCCCAGAGUUUGUGGAAGUCGGUUUGGUUGAUGAUGUUCAGACGGUUCACUAUGACAGCAACACACAGAGACUGGUGCCCAAACAGGACUGGAUGGAGAAGGUCACAGCUGAUGAUGCUGGUUACUGGGACAGUGAAACUCAGAGGUGUCAGAAUGACCAGCAGGUCUUCAAAGCCAACAUUGACAUUGUGAAGAAACGCUUCAACCAAACUGGAGGUGUCCACAUUGUCCAGAGGAUGUACGGCUGUGAAUGGGACGAUUUGACUGGAGUCACUAAUGGUUAUGAGCAGCAUGGUUAUGAUGGAGAAGACUUUUUAGUUUUUGACCUGAAGACAAAGACAUGGAUCGCUCCAACACCACAGGCUGUCAUCACCAAACACAAGUGGGACAGAAAUACAGGUCAAAAUGAGUAUUUGUACAACUACUACACCCAGGAGUGUAUUGAUUGGCUGAAGAAGUAUGUGGGCUAUGGGAGGAGCACUCUGCUGAGAAAAGAGCUUCCCUCGGUGUCUCUCCUCCAGAAGACUCCCUCCUCUCCAGUGACCUGCCACGCUUCAGGUUUCUACCCCAACAAAAUCAUGUUGUUCUGGAGGAGAGACGGAGAGGAGCUUCUUGAGGACGUGGACCACGGAGAGAUCCUCCACAACCACGAUGGAACCUUCCAGAAGAGCGUUGACCUGGACGUUUCAUCAGUCAAACCUGGAGACUGGGGGAGGUACAGCUGUGUGUUUCAGCUCGCUGGUGACGAGAAGGACAUCGUCACCAAACUGGACCCAAAAGUGAUCAAGACCAACUGGGGCAAGACUGAGAUCAAACGUGAUGGAGAUUCUCCCUCAGGUUUUCCCACUGGUGGUGUUGUUGGAGCUGUUGUCGGCCUGCUGGUCCUGGUGGCGAUCUGCAUCGCUGGAGUCAUCUUCUGGAAAAAGAGAAACAAUGGGUUUGAAAAAGCGAACACUUCGGAUGGUUCUGCUUCAUCUGAUGCGGGUUCAGCCUCUUAACUGAGCACAGGAGAAUCAGUGAAGAUAAGACGGAUGGUGGAUUUCAGGAAGUCAUCAAGGCAUCAAAAAAUAUUUUUCUUUCUUAGAGAACAUGUGCACUAAAUUGAAUCAAAAGUGCACAUUAACUAAACUUUUUUUUUUUUUUUUUUUUAAUUGAAAAAUGAUAUUUGAGAAAGUUUUAGGACAAAACAAAUUAGUUAAAAUUGCUUUGAUCCACUGGCCAAAAAAAAGAAAAUGUUUUGUAUUCAGGCUCUGUCCUUGUCUCUGCACUAUAGUGUGAUUACUAUCUAAUGCAGAUUUUCUUCCGUAAAUGAGAGACAGUCUGAAUUGGCAGAAAUAUGAAUGUACAUAUAAAUCUGUAUCAGUAACAUCAGCAGAGUAGGGCUGAGUGAUAUGGACAAAAUCAAAUAUCACUUUUUUUUUU